UACCUUGGUUCCUACACUGGUCAACUACACGCCCCAAACUCAGCUUCCCCCAACCGCCGGCCGCUCCGACCACACGAACACGAUGUCCUCCGACCACACGACGGCGUCCCAAUCGCCGCCCCCAAACGCCGGCGCUUCUACGCCGCUCCCGGAGGCCGAGGCCCCUCCUCUGCUCCUGCUCCCGCUCCCGGAGGCGCAUGCGUCCCUACCCGUCCCCGACGAGCUCCUGGAGGAGAUCUUCCUCCGCCUCCCCACCGCCGCCGACCUCGCCCGCGCCUUCACCUCCUGCACCUCCUUCCGCAACGUCGUCGCUCCCAUCUCCUCCCGCAACGUCGUCGCUCCCCUCUCCUUCCUGCGCCGCUUCCGCUCCCUCCACAACCCCCCCGUGCUCGGCUUCCUCCGUGCCGAAUUCUACCCCGCGCAGUCUCCCCACCCCUCCGCCGCUGCCGCCCACGCCCUCGCGCAGGCCGCCGACUUCGCCUUCGCCUUCCUCCCCGACCACGCCGGCUGGAGCCCCCGCGACGUCCGCCACGGCCGCGUCCUCUUCUCCGCCGUCUCGCUCGCCGAAGGCCGCGGCGACUUCAUCGAUGCCACCUCCAACACCUUCGUGGAACUCGUUGUCUGCGACCCGCUCUCCCGCCGCUACAUCCGGAUCCCGCCCGUGCCCGAGGACCUAGCCGCCUCCGUCCAGCGCAGCGGCAUGCUGGAUUUCGAGCCCUUCUUCGCUCCAGCCAGCCGCGAGGACGACGAAUCCUCAUUCGGACUCAUCUGCAAGGUGCUCUGCGAAAACAAGGUCGCCGUCUUCCUCUUCUCUUCGCGCACCGGCAAAUGGGGAAGCGUCCCACACCACGGGCUGGACGAUCUGUCCAACGAGGUCGUGGACGCGCUGUACGCACGCUGUGGCCUGCACCGGCGCCAUUACGCGCACGGCUGCUUCUGCUGGGUGUUAGAGUGGAUGGACAAGCUGCUCAUGCUCGACACGCGUGGGAUGGAAUUCUCCAUUCUGGACCUCCCGCCCAACAGCCACGGGGGACGGCUCGCCAUCGUCGAGGCGGGAGAAGACACCAUCGGGCUGUUAAAUAUCGGUAUGCGCACUCUCGACUUCUACAGCAAGGUUUGGCGCAACAGAAGUGGAGGAGGCGCCAAGGAGUGGCAGCACACCACGAUGAACCACCCCUUGCCCAACUAUCACUGGUGCAUCAUAGGUGCAGACGAGGAGUACUUGCUGCUAAGAGGGAUUUCACUAGACUGGCCCUGGUUCGGAAGCUCUUCACAGGAGAGGCCAGAUAUAGAGUAUUUUGCGUUUGAGAUCAAGACAUCGCUGCUCGAGCGGAUACAUGUCUGCAAGCACAAAAUGAUGCAUGCGCACCUGUAUAGAGGUUUUCCACCGUUACUGUCUCCACCAAGCAUAUGAAGUGUGCUCUUGUUACACAUCCAGCAGGAUUUAUCAAGGGGAAAAACACUGCAUAUCAACAUCUGUAUAAUGACUUGACUAUAAUAGAAGACGUCAGUCACUACUGACACUGAGGUGAAUGGGAGCUAAGGACCAUUUUUUGGUUUUGAGAGAGAGGGAGCUGAUGAGUUUGGAAAGGCUGAACUUGAACAGUGGGAUUUCCUCAUGAAUGAGUUGCACGAAAUUCAACUACUCUAUGGGGGGUGGGGGAGCAUGGUAUAUUUCUUGGGGCUUAGAAAAACAUGGUCUAAACCUCUAUACGGCAAGAUUACUUUGGUGGUUCAUCCAAGAAUAUGGAUGUUUGGAAGGGCAAAUUGCCUCUGAAAAUAUCAUGACCUUCCAGGCAGUAUUCUGAUGGUAGUUCAGUUGGCACAUAGGCAGUGGCCAGGAAAUAUUAAAUUCUCUGUGAAGCGAAGGAGAAUGCUAAUCACGGUAUCUUCAUUUGUGGGCUAACUUAGAAGAUUUUUUUUUUUUAUGGAAUAGACAGUUCAUUUUCCUUUGUAGUUUUUUCUACGACUUGACUACACCAGGGAGGAAUGGAGGUGAAGGGGAACCUGGUGAUUGGAUCUGGUGUUCGGUUUGGAGACUUUAACCUGGACUUUGUGGAGCAUUUGGAGUAAAAUGUCUAUGGAGAGUAAACUAAUAAAGACCAAUACUUGUUGCAUAAGCAGAAGCUGAGAUCCUGGCUGGAUUAUGUGAUCAAGCUGCUCUUGUGGAGAAGGCAAAAUGGCUUGACAGGAAGUGGUCAUCUAAUUUUGUCCCGAAGUCUUUAGUUUGCGGUUCUGCAGUGUGAUCUUGUUGGUAUACUCUACUGGUAUAAUAGAUGUGGCUUUAUUCUGUUUUUCAUGCUUGCGUGUUGUGGGUCUCUGAACUUGUUUCUUUGAGUUAACAAUCUGGGGCUUUUCCCUUUUGUGUAAGAAGACAUCAGCUACUACUCCCUGUGAUGACAUCGACGUGUAGUUUGAUUAGCUACUGUUUGUCCAAUUGCAUCCCUAUAAAGAUCGAAAGAAAUAAUGAAUUGAGUCCUUUUAU